UACCUCUCGCGGAACAGCAUGGCGCGGCGCACGCGGAGCAGCAGGGCCUGGCACUUCGUCCUGAGUGGGGUGCGGCGCGAGGUGGACACUCGGGCGGUCGCCUUGGCCACUGGCGCGCGUGGCUGGGGCUAUGACUCCGACGGGCAGCACAGCGACUCGGACUCGGAGCCAGAGUUCUCCUCCAUCUCGCCCUCCAUCCCGAGCGCCAUCCCUGUGACCGGAGAGUCCUACUGCAACUGCGAGAACCAGAGCGAAGCGCCCUACUGCUCCAGCCUGCACGCUCUCCACCGCGUCAAGGACUGCCAGUGCGGCGAGGAGGACGAGUAUUUCGACUGGGUGUGGGAUGACCUGAAUAAGUCCACGGCCACCCUGCUGAGCUGCGACAACCGCAAGGUGAACUUCCACAUGGAGUACAGCUGCGGCACUGCCGCCAUCCGGGGGAACAAGGAGCUGGCAGACGGGCAGCACUUCUGGGAGAUCAAGAUGACCUCCCCGGUCUACGGCACGGACAUGGUACGUGGGGCAGAGGCAC